AUGCAUGGUCGAGUUAAAGUUCGAACAGUGGCUGAACAAGCUGAGGCCAAGAAGAAGGAGAAAGAGAAAAAACUUCAAGCAUAUAAUGCUGCCUUGGAAAAGAUAUUUGAAAAGCGUAACAAUCAAAUUUUGGAUGAAGAAGGACUCAAGUUAAGUCUAGAAGUCCUUUUGGCCAACCCAGAUUUCUACACACUCUGGAAUUUCAGAAAAGAUAUUUUCUUCUCUUUAAAAGAAUCAAGACCCACAGAAGAACUUCAAAAACUAUAUGAAGAAGAGUUGCACUUUAUUGAGUCAUGUCUUCGGGUAAAUCCAAAAUCCUAUGGCACCUGGGACCACCGUACUUUUGUCAUGAAUAACAUUCCACAAGCAGAUUGGAAACGAGAGUUGUUCUUAUGCAACAAAUUCUUAGAAUAUGAUGAGAGGAAUUUUCAUUGUUGGGAUUAUCGUAGGUUUGUUGUGAAGAAUUCCACAAAUAUCACCAUUCAAGAUGAAUUUGACUUUACUACUGACAAAAUUAGCUCUAAUUUUUCCAACUAUUCAUCAUGGCAUUAUCGAAGUAAACUUCUUCCAUUGCUGCAGCCUGAUCCUGAGCAACCGGCAGGGGUUAAAGAAGAAGCAUUGCUUAAAGAAUUUGAAAUAGUUCAGAAUGCCAUAUUUACUGAUCCUGAUGAUCAGAGUGCCUGGUUUUAUCAUAAAUGGCUUCUAGGAAGAGGAGAAAUCAAAUUGGAUCUGCUUCAUGUUGUGAUUAUACGAAAAAGCAAACGGGUUGUAGUCAAUGUAACCAAACCCAUCCACUUGGUUGAUACUCCAUACAAAAUACAACUUGAAGUUAAUGGUAACACAAUCACAGAUAAAUGGCAGAAUCCAUUUGAUACCAAUCUUCAUUCACCUGUUUGGAUUAUGCUGCUUCCUGAUGGAAUCAUGUCCACUGAUGAUACAAUGGAGAUCAGUGUAAAAUUACUGAAUGAUUCGGAAACAAUCAGUAGUUGCCUUCUCACCAUGAAGAGCUCCAUGAAACAGGCUUCUUAUCAUUCCACAACAGUAAAACCAGCUGCCAUUUUCAGUUCAGAAUUGACUGCUGCUAAAUCUGCAAUUCUGGAACAAGAACUACAAUCAAUCCAAGAACUCCUGGAGUUGGAAACAGAGAACAAAUGGGCUAUUCUCACUGUUGUGCAGCUUAUGAAAUCUCUGGAUUCUAUACGAUAUGCUACAGAAAUAAAAAAUAACCUAGAGAAACUGCAGAGUAUAGAUCCAAAAAGGGAAAGAUAUUACAAUGACUUUGGAAGUAAAAUUGUUAUUGAGAAUCAGAUCAAAACUAUGGACCCACUUGAAUCAAUGCUACAAUUGAACAACUUAUCCCUGACAGCUGCAUAUCAUAUGGAGUAUUUGCUAAUAUUACAGGACCUGGAUGUCUCGCACAAUCAUAUCACAAACGUCAAAAACUUUGCUUAUUUGCAGUGUCUGGAGGUGCUCAACCUUGACGAUAACCAACUUGAUAAUGUGGAUGGCUUGGAGUUCCUUCCAAGCAUUGUUUCCAUUUCUCUCAGACGAAACUUCCUAGCAAACUUGGAAGUUUUGAGGCCCCUACAACGGUGCAAAACUCUAGUGAUGCUCUGCCUGGAUGGCAACCCUCUCUUUGCUUCUUCUGGAAUGCCACAUAUGUUUGUCUGCCUAUCGAGUAUACAAAUGUCUAUCAUUCCCAAGAAUUUCCCCUAA